AUGACCACCAAAGAAAAGCUUCAAGAAAUUCAAAAUAUUGUUGCUCAACACACCGAUGCGAUUACUGAAAUGAAAAAUGAGAUUCAAUCUUUGGGUGAUAAGAUGAAUCUUCUUAUCAAUUUGUUUCAAUCGACGCAAUCUCAUCAACCUGAGGCUUCUGGAUCGGAAAAUCAUCCACCAAAUCCGGGUAAUCCAUUUACAAAUCUUCAUCAGGUGAUUCAUAAUUUUUCCAAUACUGAAUCUCGUAAGUUCACUCGUACUCCCAAGGUUGAUCUUCCUCGUUUUAAUGGUAUUAAUCCUCGUGGUUGGGCUCUUAAAUGUGACCGGUAUUUUAGUUUACAUAAAUUUCCUGAAGAUGAACGCGUUGAUAUGGCUGCAAUUCAUUUCGAUUCAGCAGUAGAUUCAUGGUUUUUAAAUUACCAACAUGGUAAAGAGUUUAUUUCAUGGGUUAAACAUGAUUUAUGUGCUAGAUUUGAGGAUGUUGCUCAGGAUAAUUAUGUUGGUAGUGUUAAUAAACUAGUCCAAACCUUCACUGUCGAAGAUUACUAUGAUCUUUGGGAGCAUUAUAAAAGCUUUAUGAUAGCUAAUAAUCCUUAUUUACCUGAGAGUUUUUACACAUUAAGCUUCAUUAGUGGGUUAAAAGAGGAAAUCCGUACAGUUGUGCAAAUGUUCAAACCUGAGAAUACUGCAACAACUUUUUAUUUGGCUAGGCUGCAACAGGCUUAUCUACAUCAUCAGCCUAAACCAACUAAAUCCUUCUCUGAACCAUUUGUACCUUCACCACUUUCUGUUUCCCACCCACCAUAUACAGUCAAAUCAUUUUUCUCCCCAUCCUCUACCCUUACCAAGCACAAUACAUCAUCAUCACCUCCCAUUGUAACUCACCCUACCACACCUACUAGAACAUCUUCAGACAAUUAUUUUCCUCCUGUUAAGAGACUCACUCAUUCUCAGAUGCAAGUUAGAAAAGAUAAGAGGAUUUGUUACAACUGUGAUGAGUUCUACAGGAAGGGUCACCGAUGUAAAACUCAACAACUAUUCAUGUUGAUUGUUGAUGAGGACCUUGAAAGGCAGGAGUCAUUAUCCACUGAAGAUGUCUCUAAAGACUCUCCCUCGACUCCUGAUUAUCCCAUUGAGAUUUCCUUACAUGCCUUGACAGGGAAUGUUGCCCCUGACACAAUCAGAAUUGUUGGCCAUCUUAAUAAGCACUAUGUCAGUGUCCUUAUUGAUACAGGAAGCACACAUAGUUUCAUUGAUGCUGUUUUAACUUCAAAAUUGGGUCUACAUGUUUCUCCAACUGGACGGAUGCUUGUUACAGUUGCUAAUGGAGAUAGAAUCAUCAGUCAAGGUAUCUGCCACAACUUACAUUGGGAUAUGCAAGGCCAUCAAUUCUCUGCAAAUUUACGAACUUUUCCUCUUGGCGGUUGCGAUAUUGUUUUAGGAGCUGAUUGGUUGCGCCAACUUGGUGAUGUUACAUUUAACUUCAGUCAACUGAGUAUUUCAUUUCGACAUCAAGGCAGCCAUAUUACACUUCAGGGUACCACUUCUAAACCUUCUCUAAGCAUGAUUAGUGGCUCUUCAUUGAAUAAGUUUAUUAAGAGUAAUACACCUACCCUAAUUGGCCAGUUUUUCUCUAUUUCCACCACUCCUAUACUUCCACCUCCACCUGCAGUUUCUGCCCUCUUAGAGACCUUUGUAGAUGUUUUUGCUGAGCCCACUGGCCUUCCUCCAUCUCGAUCACUUGACCACAAAAUACCACUCAAACAUGGGUCUAACCCUACUUCUCAAAGACCAUAUAAAUGCCCCUAUAUACAUAAGUCUUUCGUAGAGUCCUUGGUCUCUGAAAUGCUAUCUAGUGGAGUGAUUCAACACAGCCAUAACCCAUUUGCUGCUCCUAUUCUCUUAGUCAAAAAGAAAGAUGGUAUUUGGCGCUUUUGUGUCGAUUAUCGAAAGCUUAAUGAUAUUACAGUCAAGGAUAAAUAUCCUAUACCUCUUAUUGAAGAACUGUUGGAUGAAUUGAAUGGUUCUGUGGUAUUUUCCAAGAUCGAUCUUCGUUCUGGGUAUUACCAAAUCAGAGUUUACGCACCUGACAUUCACAAGACUGCUUUUCGCACUCAUCAAGGCCAUUACGAGUUCAGAGUUAUGCCAUUUGGGCUUACUAACACCCCUGCAACCUUUCAAGCCCUCAUGAAUGAGGUAUUUCAGCCAUAUCUUCGCAAAUUUGUACUGGUAUUCUUUGAUAACAUCUUGGUUUACAGCCCAUCCAUGGAAGAACAUUUAGAGCAUUUACAACUAACAUUAUCCUUGUUGAGGAAACAUUCUCUCUCUUCCAAGCUGUCAAAAUGUGCAUUUGCUCAACCACAGUUAGAAUAUCUUGGGCAUAUUAUUACUACUAAUGGUGUAGCUUCUGACCCUGACAAAGUUGCAACAAUGGUGAAUUGGCCAAAACCUCAAACACUGAAGCAACUUAGAGGAUUCUUGGGGCUUAUAGGGUACUACGAAAAUUCAUUAAGGGGUAUGGAAACAUCUGUAAGCCACUCACGAUAUGAUUAA